AUGUUGGAUGGACGUGUCCGACUUGGUUUCAUCUUCCCCAUUGGAAGGUCCUUUGUCAUCGGUUUACUCUCUACAGAUAUGGACCUGCAGUUUGCUUGGCACGAGAGAUGUGUGAUUUUAACCCAACAGCCAACCCGAACCAGCUCAGCCGCCCACUGGCACGAGCCCAUUCCCAAUCGCAUUCGACUUCGCCCUGGAACGAGCACGACAGAACGAGCUCACCCCACAUCAUCACUCCUUGCCCCGAAUUCGUCGUGGUCGUCUGCAAGCUAUCCUUACUUUUUCUUCAUGGCAAAGAAAACUCAACCAAAUCGGGCGCCCGCUGCGGCUCUUCAACCAACUCAACAGCAACAGCAGCAGAGGAACCAGAAACCGUCCCUCCCUCUCCCUCCGUCUCCGCCACCAGCUGCCCCCAAGUCAAAGACAUCCGGCGCGGCCAAGAAGAAGAACAAGAAGAAGGCUGCACAGGCUCGCCAACUUGACUCGAUCAACCAUCUGGACCACCUCAAUGAUCAUCAUACUGACUCAAACAGUCUGAUCGGUCGAUCUGAUAUGAUUGGCGCCUAUCCGGCCGAAGAUGCAGUCUCAAUCACCCAACGGACCACAACCGGCAGCAUCUCCCCGGACGAGGAUGACGAUGAUCGGAUCACCUCUCAUACCAUGCAUCCCAGUCUGGCCGCGGCCACCCGUCAGACUCAGGAAGAUCUGCUGGCCACGGCUAACGACCUCUACCGUCAGAUCGAAUCUGCUGCCGCUGCUGCCCUGGCCACCACUCAAUACCCCAAGAGCAGCAAUUCGAUUCUGAACUCGAGCAGCCAUCAAAAUCAAUCCUCGACAAAUCAUCAAUCCGGUCAUUCAAAUUCAAAUAAUCACUCGCCUCAUCCGGACGAUGAUGCGUAUUGGACUUCUCUGCCUGCUCAUUUGCGAUCCUUUAUUCGUUCUGCUCUUCCCCUCGCUGCCGGUCACUCAUCCUCCAAUAGCAACCAGUCUCAGUCCUCCGCUCAGAACCAAGGCACCAUCCUACCAAACUUGUCUUCUUUUGCCCACGCAACCGGUAUGGUCACUUCCACGACCACGUCCAGUAACCAACAGAGCGUGCCCCAACUGACGAGCGAACAAAUGGCGGCAGCAGCUGAACAAUUGGCUCGAGUCGUCCAAAAUCACGAUUGGGGUCGAGCGGUCUCCACUGCAGCCCAACAGGCCGGCUUGUCUCACACUAGCGUUAUGAAUCACAUCAUCAAUGGUACUGCCCGAUCCUCUCACAACUAUAGUCGUGAUGGGAGCGGUACUGGAGCUACGCUCAGUGUCACAGGUGGAACCGUCAGCGGAACGAUACCCCUCGGCAGUUUUACACUACCUCUCCCCCUCCAUGCUCAUCCUGAACAACACCAACAUCAGAACUCACAUGGUAUCAAUGAACCCGUUUACUAUACCGGCGAGACGACCAUUGUGACCUCGAGAAUUGGCGAUAAACAUAAUGGCGAUGAUGGUCUCUUGGAUGAUGGCUAUUACAGCGAUGACGCGAGAGGAAUGCAUAACCAUGUUGCACAUGAUAAUCGACACAACCACUCUGAACAAGCUAGUAACGCCAGCAACAUUGGAGUCAACAACUCGUCUCCAGCAAUGACAACUACCACGAGUAACAAGAAAAAGAAGAAGAACAAGAAGAAAAAAACUGCUAACGCUGGUUCCACUGAAGCUAGCCAACUUCCUCCUGUUCCGAGUGUCGAUGUUCCGCGUCCAUCUCCUGCGCUACCAUCAAAUCCUGCAGUACCCUCCAAAGCACCGUCGCAGCUUAAUCCAUCAACACGAAAAUCUGGCAUCGAUCAUCCAGGCGUUCAUCUCGCAAAUCAGGCCCUUUCACCUAAUGCUGCUGCGCCCGCCUCUCGACUUCCUCCUGUUCCAACAGUUACCCAGAAGAAGAAGAGUCCUGCGACCAAUCCACUGUCUUCUAAUAUCAACAACUCAGCCUCCUCAUCCACUGUCACAAACACGAACUCGCAUAAUACCUCUCAUCAGCCCACAGAACGGGAGCGGAUUCGCGUCUUCUGGUUGACGCUUAAUCAAGAGGAGCGAGCCAACCUUGUCAAAAUCGAGAAGGACGCCGUGCUAAAAAAAAUGAAGGAGCAACAACGUCAUUCUUGCUCUUGCGCGGUUUGUGGACGAAAACGACUGGCGAUCGAGCAAGAGCUGGAGGUAUUGUACGACGCUUAUUAUGACGAGCUUGAAAAUUAUGCCGAGGCUUCCAAGAAGUAUUACGGCUCAGACUUGAAGGCAAAAGGCGACAAAGGCCUACCCGGGGCUUACCCCAAGCCGCCAGGGCCCGGCCCAUUCCCUGGAAGUGUAGACAUCAUGCUGACGGCGACCCAACCACCUGCUCAAGUCGCAUCCAAAAAGGCCGUUCCCAAACCUACUCGUGAUCACAAAAACAUCCGACCCAGACCGCAACAAGCUGUGCCUCAGCAGACCCAUCCACCACCCCAAUCUACCAAUGGAACUAAUGGACACUAUCAACAGCCCGCAGGAGCCGCCAAACGGAGCUUACCCCCACCGUCUCAAUUAAAAAAGUUGAAUUCACAUAACAGCAAUAGCGAUCACGAUCACACGCAUAGUCCAAGUUGCCCCCACCAUCCUCAUCACCACGGCCCGAAUCACUAUCAUCCCAGCAAUCGUGGGAAAGGUGACGAAGAGGAGGAAGGCGAGUUUGAAGACGAUGAUGAGAUCCCAGCUUUGGAAGAGGUACCCAGCGAAACAUUGGUACCUAACAACGCCCACAAGAAACCAACUAUCAACGGUACAAAUAUGCCUUAUCCCAACAAAUUAACCAACGGCGAUAAACCAAGUAGCACACAUGCAACCAACAGUGAUUUGUUUGGAUUUGGAAACUCUUUAACUGUCAAAGGAGGUAUAUUGACCGUUGCCGACGAUCUUCUCCGGAACGAUGGACAAAAGUUCUUGGAAAUGAUGGAAUCCUUAGCCGAUAAGCGUAUUCAACGGGAGCGAGAUGCGGCUGAAAAUCUUCUGCUGGACGAUGACGAUGGAUUCGAUGACGAAAUCAUCACUGAAGAGUACCGAAUGAAAGAAGGUCGCCGGAUGUUCCAAAUAUUUGCUGCCAGAAUGUUCGAGCAACGCGUCUUGACGGCUUACCGGGAAAAAGUCGCUCAAGAAAAGCAGGCUCAACUACUCCGAGAAUUGGAAGAUGAGGACAGACAAGCCCAAGAGCGCGAGCUGAAAAAGGUGAAGGAUGCUCAAAAGAAAAAGGAGAAGAAGAAAGCUCAGAAACAGCAAAAGGAUCAAGACCUCGCCAAAAAGCUGAAGGACAAAGAAGCCGAAGAGCAGGCCGCCAAAGCUGCGGAAGAAGCCCGACUUGAAGCUGAAAAGCGUAAACAAGAGGAGCAGCGCAUCAAACGAGAAGCUCAGAGGAAGCUACAAGAAGCCGAACGCGCAAAGAAGGACGAGGAGAGGAAGAAACGAAUCGAGGAAGAGGUCAGGAAGAGGAAGGAAAAAGAGGAGAAAAUCCGGCAAGAAAAAGAGGCCAGGAUUGCGAAGGAGAAGGAAGAGCGUGAAAAGAAAGCGCGAGAGGAGGCUGAGAGAAAGUCAAAGCUAGAGGCGGAACGGAAAGAGAAAGAAGCUAAAGAAGCUAAGGCGAAGGAGGAAUUAGCACGGAAGAAGAAAGCUGAAACUGCUAAGCGUGAAGCAGAAGAAGCGGCCAAACGUGAAGCAGCUAAAACCGCUGCAGCUAAAUUGGCCGCUCAAAACAAAAACGCUACUCCUAACGUCAAGCCUACCCAACGAUCCCCAGUUUCUGUCCGGUCGCCAAUGACACCGAAGCCGAUCAAUACAUCUAUCAAGAUGCCACCCAGCUCAGCUGCGCACAAUAUUCCGAUGCCGAACACGGCUUUUCCACCGCAUACACCCAAUCGACCGAUGAUGCCGCCCCCUAUGCUACCCAGGCAGAUGUCAAUCGGUAUUGGACUUGGAAGACCUGCCUCAGCAGCUGCUGCUCCACCUUUUUCUGCCGCCGUCCCACCUAUGGCUGGCCCUUCUUCUUACUCGAACAUACCCGCAAGGCCACCAAGUGCACAGUAUACGAGCUCCUUUGCUGCUUCCAACGCCUACGCGCCGCCUGGAUGCUUGCAAAAUAUACCUCCUGACAUGCACGUGCCGAUGAAUGGGAUGCAAGGACCUCUAGUUGGGGGGCCUUUCAUGCCGAUGGGCAGCUUCCAACCCCCAAUGGGACCGAUGGUGCCCUCAGUCAACAACAGAGCCUUUUCGGGGUCUGCUAUUCCCAUCACGCCACAGCAAAGCUACGUCAAUCAAACCUCUCAGCCUCACCAACCCUCUCAGCACCAAAGGCCCAGUAUCGUAUCUUCUCUUCCACCUUCUACUCCUACUCAUCCUUCUGGAAUCAUGAGCCCAGGUAUAAGUUCAGCAAGCAGUCCACUGAGUGCUCUACAUCUCGGCAGCGAGCCUGUAAGUAAAGCCAGCGUGAGUGCCGUGGGGCCCAUCGGCCCAUCCUUGGCGCACCCACGUCGACCAUCAGGAAUAGAUGAAGCUUUGCUUCAAGGCGGCUUCUUCUCAAAUUCGAUCGAACCCAUCGGUCGUCCCAAGGUCAACGGGACCUCAAAUGCGAUGGAAGUGCUGAGUGGCCAAAGUGAUCGAGAUUCAACACCGGCUUCUGCGGAUACGUCACCGACUAGAUCUGCUCAAAACGUGUUGGGAUCGUCGGCCCUGCUAGCAGAUGACGAGGCUGGGGCUAACUUCCCGAGGCGCCAUACGAUGCCAAACAAUGUAACGCCGACAAGUAGGAAGACGAGUGCAUUUCCAGCCCCUCCAGGAUUCGACAGGGGUCUGGUUGUAGGUAACAGUAUCUGGGGGACAUCCUUGCCGGCAGUCGGUGGAGAUUCAGGCUGGGGUGCAGCCGUUCUGACAACCCCGCCACCUCCAGCAGUCACCCCUCGGACGCCUCUCCAGCCUUCAUCUCUUGCGGGGGUGGUCCAACCGAGUGGAACCAAUCCGCCUCGAGAGAAUACAUCAGAUUGGAUCAGACGCCGGGCGAUCUCGGCUUAUUGUAACAUGCGCCUCAACGAGAAGUGGAUCCCGGUCGGAGACGUGUCGAUCGAGAUGCAACGGAUUCACCUCGACACUCUCAAUGUCAGCUUGAAGGAUAUGGUCGAUGCCUGCCUUGUUAAACGUAACAUUCAUAAUGGCGGCGGUGAUUGGCAGUUCAGCCAACAGGGACCAGUACUUUAUACUCGUUGGUUGCCAGUGUCUAGUCAAGAAGCUUCGCUUGGAACUUCUACUGUUUCUUAG